GCAAUGACAAGAAGAGAACGGUUUCGUUGCGUGCGAUGGCGACUUGGUUGGUUAUCUCUUGGUAAACCCCAAGCCUGCCCCUUCCAUCUAAACGAACUCUUCACACGCUCACAUAGUUUUUCUUGUUUACAUAUGCACAACCGCCUUCAGAUGCCCAAAUCUAUUGAAGAUCCACUCUCUUAUCUCUUGAAUCUAUUACCAUCAACAUUCCAUACGAAGAAAGUGAAAAAAUCAAUUGAUGCCUGGCUCAUACGCUGGCCUUCCAUAUGUGCAAUUCUG